AUGCGCGGUGUGCCACCAGCAGAUCAGCUGAGGUUCGGGCCACGCAUUCCUAGACACCUGGUUGAGCCUCGCAAGAAGCUUCCCUUUGGUCCGCUGGCACUGUGGGCGCCAAACGAUCCGGAGGAGGUGACGCGGCUCUACUUUGAGCAGAGUGGUCAAAGCACGGACUUCAUGAACAUCUGCCGAGGACGAAAAGUGCACGCCCGCAGCGAAGAGUUUGACCUCGAGGUGCCCUGCGCUCAGCUCGCCACGCUUGCCACCGCUUGGGCCCCGCUGCCGCUGGAGGGCGCGGAGGCGCAGGAGGUGAUGCAGACUUGCGAGCAUCUACUCCAGGAGCGGCUGCCAGGGCUAACGGCCAGAGAUGGCAGCCGAAUCCAUGAGGUUCUGCGGGCGGAUGCUGCAACAGAAACGGCAGAGCUGUCUGCCAGGUACUUGGCACGGUGGCAGGGGACCAAUGCAGACCUGGGCCCAAUGAUUUGCACUGCGUUGCUAUGGCGGGGCGAUCCGGAGGAAGACUUGCGACACCCCGGCGCAUUGACCAGCUUGCCAGUGAGAUCAUUGGUUUGUGGCCAGCAAGGUGUGGAACCACACUUUGUUUGGGAGGAAGGAUGGCUUUGAG